AAUAUAUUGACAAUUACCUUAAUUGCACAAACAAAGCCGAAUCGUAUUAAGAAUCAUCAAUGGAUGCAUUAUUUAUCUGGAACCGAAAAUUAUUUUGCCUUAUCUAACUGGAAUUGAAAAUUAAUUAGUUUUAAGCCAAAACACUACCAAGUAUUGCACUACCAUUGGAAAUUUUGAAUUUUGGAAUAACAAUGAGAAAAUUUUUUAUUUACAUUUUGUACGUUUUAAGUGACGCUGUAUGUUCUUUAGCCAUUUCAUCAAACAUAUAUGAGGUCUUGAAGGGAAUUAAAUUGUUGAAUACUUAUUAUACAAUUUCAUUAAAUCAUAACAGCACGAAUAAAUGUGCGUCAUACUGUUUAGCUGACAAUACUUGUGUUUCAGUGAAUUACAAUUUUGUGACAAAGCAGUGUCAGUUAAGUACAAAAAGUCCGCUAGAUGAAUCUACCGACGUAGUAGAAGAUAAUGAAUGGAAAGUCUUGUUUUCCAAAAAAGAUCUACCACCAAACUCAUGGGAGUUGAUAUUCAGAGGAACUGCAGGAACUGGUGUAAAGCUAUAUGACUCGUUCGUCGGUACAGUCUCACUCCCUGCCCAUGAAGUUGGAUGUUAUUUACCCGUUACCCAUAACUUGACUUGCACUACACAUUACCGUGAUCCAAUUUUAGACAUUUGGAGUACACAAAGCAUUCUCAAGGUAAAAGUAGCCAUGUACAAAGAUAAUGUAAUGGUAAUGAACAUGGUUUUCAACAAUACGUAUAAUGGAUUGAAUACAGACUGGUACAGUAAAGAUCAACUUAUUUAUAGUUCGUAUACUGACAUGAUCACAGUUGGAAUCACAUACAACUUCUUCAGCAUUAAAGGUGAUGAGCCUAUAGAACGAAGAUUUUAUAUCAACAAAAAUUACGGUGGAUGUGAUGUUGAUGUGGGAUGGAUAGCAGUGUUUGAUUCUGGUCCUACUUGCUCAUAUGAAUUUGGAUUGCAGUAUCCUGCUUUUGCAUACAUGCCAAAUAACGUAAUGGGUCAAUGGGACCUUAAAGCUUUCCAGCUUGCAGACGCAUUAGCAAUUUACAUACAAAAAUAACUUUCCAUGUAUCAGAUAAAGAGGAACAACAGUAUAUUUCGAAACCAAAUAAUAAUAUAGAACCGAUAUUAUUUAGCUGGCCAUAAUCAAAUAAACCAAAUAUCAUUUGAGUAUUAUUUCCAACCCUGUGAGGACUUUAGAGCAAGUCUAUGUUGUUAAAAACUCCCGUAGUAGUAGCAGAGUAUUACUAACACGUUGUACAGUUGUUGUUGCUUGUAAGAAUGUAUGUUUUUUUUCCGGGAUUUCCAACAGAACACGAACAGAAACCUUAAUUCACCUAGUUUACCACGAUUCAGUAAAUUUCUGUCAUUUUUCAUUAACUGGCUAUAACUUUGGUCACUUUUUAUUUCUUUUAUGAUAAACACAUACUUAUGAGAGAUUUAUGUAGCACUAGCGUAAAAGAGUUAAAAAUGCAAGGAGUCAAAAAAUUGUAUUUUAGACUAGAUAGAUGCGAUCGGAUUAACCAUCGAGGUGACCUAUGAAGGCUGUCGAUGGUCAGACAAAGCGAUAUAAACAUAAAUCUAAAUAGACAAGCACGUGAAAAUGUGUUAUACGACGAUUUUUCUCGGGCUGUUUACUUUAAUAUUUUAGAUUAGAAAAAUAUAAAUCAUCCUUUCACAUGUAUAGGAAUGUUUUUUUGUGGGCCGAAUCAGCCAUCGAAAUGGUUUUCCUGGUAAUUCCUUUGUUUGACUUUCAAUGUAGACGUCUGUUUCUUUUUCAUAAAUGAAUACAAAUAGCAUAUGUAACCCAUCUCCAGCUGAGGGUAAAAUUAAAGGUUACAUGAAUACGGAUGAACAGGUUGAAUUAUUGACUUGCAAACCAUUAUACAUCAACGACGUUUUUUGUAGCUUAUUGUGACAAAAUUGAACCACACUGACUGCUAAAUGCGAAAUAUUAUUCUAAUAUUCAGCAUUUUUAAAUGUUUGAGACAAUAAAAUCAUUUUCGUCUAAAUCGUAGCUAAUGCCACUUUAUAACCACAAAUUGUAAAUUGUCUAAAGUUUAUUUUUGAAUUUGAACGGUGUGAUUAUUUGUUGUCCUUAUUGUAUAAAUUGUGUAACCAAAUCAACAAUUGUAUGCAUCUAAUAUGAAACGAAUUUGUUACUAUUAACGUAGAUUUCUUGUAUGUUAAUUGUAUGUCACUCCAGACGUAGACAGUAAUUCAUUUUCCAUUCUGCAUGAUAUUAAUAACUUGAUUAAAAUACAAAAGACAUUUAUUAGUAUUAAUUCGAAAUAGAUCGACUUUUAUCAAUUGAUAAAUCAUUCAAAAAGUAAGGUUUCAACACUCUCAGAAAAACUUGACAUGGGAUGAAUUUGGUUUUUCUUUUUAUAUUCCUCUUGGUCAUAUAACAGCUUCUAACGUUUCUACGUUUUAUAUACCGCUGGCUUUCAAAUGUUUAGGAUUUGAUGGCAUUACUGAUGAAAGUAAAUUAAAAAAAAAGCGCUUUGGAUGCAUAAAAUUUAUAAGUAGUUAUUUUCAUUUUUUUCUGUCAAUAUUUUUGAAUUUAAAAAAAUGCAACCAUUAACUUAUCAGCUGCGAAUCCAGGAGAGAUUUUAAGGACGAAACUUCCUGUCAGGUUCCUGGUUUUGACACGUCCCCGUCGAUAUCGCCAUGAAGUCAAGUGGUGUCUGAUGCGUGUAUGUUGUCUGGAGCUCAUACGAUUUAACUAUUUUAAUGUUCACUACCAUCUUUGUCUAUUGUAAAUCUAGGCCUAUGUGAAAUGUACUGAACUUAGGAACACUGUUAUUUUAUGAUGAAAAUAAAAUGUUUUGUAUAUUUUAUUUUUUUGUGGACAAGAAUGUUCGUGGAUUGAGAAUAAAAAUAUAUUUUUUGUGAAUACUUAAUUCUAUGGUUUUGAAGAAUUUAACGAAGAAGCAUCUAGAAAAUUUGAAAUUCUUUAAACAACAUGGAUUUCAUGGUUCACCUAUACCCAUGAAACCCAUGAAAAUUGUUACCCCAAGAAUUAUAAUGACAUAACGAUAUGUAACGUUUCUUUUAUUUAUGUCUGAUUUACAGGAACGAUAUCAAAAUCGACUUAUAUUAAUUACGUAUUAUAUCUACAAGAUAUAAAUUUAACCAUGAUUAUUUUUCAUAUUUCCAAAUGCGAAUCAGCUUGCUUAUGUAUCUGUAUUUUAUUAACUAUGUUGUCUACAA